AUGACACAAUAUGAAACUGACAAAUCAACAGAUUGUAAAGCUGUUGAAGCACUUUUGAAAACCUUAACUGAAUUACUUAUUUGUUUGAUUAUGAUGCCAUUUAAUUCUAAUACAUUAGUGUCAUGUACAUUUAGAAACGAAUUAGUUCAAUUAUUCAGCUGUAUUAUUAUUUGUGGUCGUCAAAAAAACUGUCUUCGAAUUACUCCAUUGAAUGUUGCUACAAUUAAAAGUGCAACACUACCAAUGACAAUAAAACGAAAACCUACGUCGUCAAUACCUCAAGGAUUUGAAACAAGUAUCACAAUAAGAAAAAUCGUUUAUUUUCUUUUGACACUAAUCCCACUAAUUUAUUUACGAUCAAAAUACAUUAUAACAUUAAUUUUUACCAUAAUGAUCAAGGAAUUUCGAGAUGUCAGAUUAGUAUUGGUGUUCAAAUGAACUUUAAUGCUUUGAUGUUAUUUGCAGUAGAAUUAAUUAAUGCCUACGUUUGACCAUUAAAUUGGCGUUACUCUUAAUCCUAAUACAUAUGCUACAUGCGACUAGACCUCUCCAAAGUCCAUAUUUUGUGAUGCAAUGAUCUUGAGAAUGGCACGUCGACUGAUGUUUGCUGAAACGCCACUAGAGAUGUUGAAAUCUCUAUAUGGUACAAAUGUCGUUUGAUUUUCGUUAUGAUGCCUCGUUCGCUCGAAAUAAAAUCCAGAUAUUAUAAAUGAUCUAUAGAUUUUGUUUUCAUUAUAUCGAUAUAAUUUAUGUGUUCCAUUAUGAUUGAAAUGCGGCACAGUACGCAUAGUUACAGCGCAGAAUGGCCACCACAUGCAAUUGCGACGAAGUCGUUAAAAAAGAGGUGACAUGGGUUAAGAGAUUGAAUUUCAUUUCCACUUAAAUUUGCAAUAUUUAUUUUGCGUUUGCUUGAUGAAGGGUGUGAGUGUGGGUGAGGAGUGCUGGUAUAGAUAUAGGUCGGUGUGGAUGUACGUAUAGAUGUGGGUGUGGGUGUGCGUGCUGGUGGAUGUGGAUGUAGGUAUAGAUGUGGGUGUGGGUGUGGGUGUGCGUGCUGGUGGAUGUGGAUGUGCGUAUAGGUGUGGGUGUAGAUGUGUGGGUGUGUGUGGGUGUGGGUGUGGAUGUGGAUGAGGGGUGUGGGUGUGGAUGAGGUUCGUCCUCUCUUCAUUCAUACCCACACCCAUCCACACCUUCACGAACCCGCAUUCAAACGCAUCCACACCCUCUAUCUUACGAUUCUUUCAACUCAAUGAGCAAUACUUCGAUCUGAAAAUGGACAGGAUGAGUUGAGAAAUAGAAAGCCUUCAUUCACCUACCAAUCAUCCUCAUAGGUUCACAAGAAAUUAAAGUUAUCCUGGUCUAGCUUUUUUUACAAAACUAUGAUAACCCUAUAAUUCCUUUAAUCCCUUUACUUCCUUUAAUCCCUUUACUUCCUUUAAUCCCUUUAUUCUCUUUAAUACCUUUAAUACUUUUAAUCCCUUUAGUUCGUUUAAUCCCUUUAGUCCUUUCAAUACCUUUAGACCCUUUAAUCCCUUCAGUCCCUUUAAUCCCUUUAGUCCUUUUAAUCCCUUUAGCCCUUUUAAUCCCUUUAGACCCUUUAAUCCUUUUACUCCCUUUGGCACCACUAAUCCUUUUAGUUUCUUUAGUCCCUUUAAUCCUUUUAAUACCUUUAGAUCCUUUAAUCCCUUUAGUCCCUUUAAUCCCUUUAGUUUCUUCAAUACCUUAAGUCCCUUUGGUCUUUUUAAUCCCUUUAAUACCUUUAGUCCCUUUAGGGAUGGGAUGGAUGUGGGUGUGAGGUUCCUAUCUUUAACCACAACCACACCCGUUGACACUCACACCCACUCCCACACCUCACAGUCCGCCCACACUCACACCCAUACCCACCCAAACCCACACACCCACUCCUACAUCCACACCUCACAGCUCGUCCACACUCACACCCAUACCUAUCCAAACCCACACAAACACUCCUAUUCCUACACCCACCCACACCCUUUAUUACUGUUAUAGAUAUUAUCUCCCUGUUGGGUGUUAUUUCCCAAUGUUGUCUAGGUAGUAUCCUUUAUCAUCUCAGACUCCAGUUUACCCACAAUGAUCUGCUAAUUCAACAAGUAACGUUCAUCGACAGUCAAUUCACCUGGCCCUAGGCUGACGCCAUAACGACAUACAUGUGUUAGAAAGUUAUGAGAUUAAGAUUAAAAAGUUAAUACUCAAAUUCUUUUGAGUACAAAAAAGCGCUAAUAAAAUUAGCGCUGUUUAUACUCAAAAAAAAUCAUAUUUAAAAUAAUAUUGUUUUCAUACAUCAUAAAAUGGCGUAUGUGUUCUGGUUCACUUGUCAAAAUUUUAUUAUACGUCAUAUGCUGAUUAGUAAUAUGGGUGCUAUAUGGUCUUCUGUACCAUAUUUACCGAAAUGGUCGCUGAUGCCAUAGGUACGUGGUCGUUGUCUCAAAAAAAAUAGUCAUUUGUGCCAAAAAAUGGUCAUUUGUGCCUAAAAAAUGGUCAUUUGCGCCAUGUUACCGACGAAAACGAUAUGCGUGCAGACAAAUCAAUUCUCGUUUCUAGACCCUAUCUUUACAGUCUAGGGAACAACAUACCCUAAUACAACUGGAAGUAGUAAUUAUGAAGUCGCACAAGCCCUCACAUAAACAUAGCUACAUAUAUGAAGGAAGCAACCAUUAAUAGCGUGACUCGAAUGAAAAAGUACUAAAGGGAUUAAAGGGAUUAAAGGGGCUAAAGGGGCUAAAGGGACUAAAGGGAUUAAAGGGAUUAAAGGGAAUAAAGGGACUAAAGGGAUUAAAGGAACCAAAGGGACCAAAGGGACUAAAGGGAUCGAAGGGACUAAAGGCAUUAAAGGGGUUAAAGGGGCCAAAAGGACUAAAGGGGCUUAAGAUAUUAAAGGGACUAAAGGUAUUAAAGGCAUCAAAGGGAGUAAACGGACUAAAUGGAGUAAAGGGAGUAAACGGACUAAAGGGAUUAAAGGGUUAUCAUAGUUUUAUAAAAAUUUAGACCGGCAUAACUUUAAUUUCUUGUGGACCCCUCAUCAUUCUAAGACAUUCACCUUCUUGCCACUUUCACCUACCAUUACAUUCACUGCACCACUUUCCUGGAAUCGUGAAUUUCAUGCUUUAAGGGCUAUUUAAAAAAACAGUCAACAGAACGAGAACGAGCAACGAUCAAAAUGAAAUGUUAUUUUACGUCCAAUAAUAAACAGAGAUGCCGUAGAUUUCUCCAGCAUUGAUUUUUUCUUUCAUUUUGUUUCAUUAUGAUGCAUUAGGCGUAAAAGAAAACAAUAAAAAAUUUCACUGACUGUCAGUAAUCUCAGACUACACGUAUACUUCACCAUAAAAUUAAACUUCUUCUCGUCAUA